AGCCAUAAAGACCAAAGAAAGCAAGUUUAGAUUCAUUAUAUAUUUUCUUUGUUUUCAAAUUGUUCGGCACAUGAAAAGUUCGACCUUUUGAAACGGACCUGAAAGAUUACACGUCAACACAUGGGAAAUAAGUUGACGGAGUUCCUCGUUGUGACCCUGACAUUGCUUGCCGUUGCACACCGUGCUUUCCUUGUGUCAUGGCAUAUCAAAUGACAAACAUCAAACCAUUCUUCUGCAAAGUUCCUUUCCUAACGCGGGUCAUAAAGCUUCCUUCCCCAAACUGAAGAGGACGAGGGAACGAGUACACGGUGGUUUCUGGAAGGACGAAAUGGAUCCUUACAAUGCUAUCACAGUUCUGGCACCGGUGCUUAUAUUUUAUCCUCUCCUGAUCGUAUUCGCGUUCCCCUCACGCUUCUUGCCAUGAUGUACGCGACCGUUUUAUUUCUGCAUGUUUACAAACACCGACGACGAGAGAUUUACGAUGCCUACUCUGAAAACUUUUGGGACGGUGCAAAACAAACCGUCGCCUCUGUAUUUGAUGCUCAAGCUACGAAUUGGAAUGAAUAUGAAGUCAUUGGCUUGGACAAAAUCCCGGACAAAGGAGCUGCAUUAUUGGUUUAUUAUCACGGUGCUUUGCCUAUAGACAUGUAUUAUAUUAUAGCUAAAAUGCUGUUGUAUAAGAAACGUUCGUUGAAAAAUGUCGUAGCAACCUUUCUCUUCAGAUUACCAGGAUUUAAGAUAUUGCUUGAUGUGUUCGGGGCAUCUUCACCUACAAGAGACGAAUGUGUUAAAAUGUUGAAGAGAGGAGAACUUCUGGCCUUAUCCCCAGGUGGCGUUCGUGAAGCCCUGUUUUCUGAUGAGCAUUAUCAACUCGUAUGGAAUGGUAGACUUGGCUUCGCUAAAGUUGCUCACGAAGCAGAAGUGACAAUCAUACCUGUCUUCACCCAAAAUGUACGUGAGAUGUUUAGGACAAUAAAAAUGGGAAGAAGAAUAUUACAACUGCUUUAUGAAUUUACGCGAUGUCCAUUGGCUGCUCCAAUAUACGGUGGUUUUCCAGUAAAAAUGAGAACUUAUAUCGGUGAUCCAAUACCACAUGACUCGAGAUUAACUCCAGAAGAAUUGUCAGAAAAGGUUCAAAUGGCGAUAAAAAAUCUCAUCAAAAAGCAUCAACGAGUUCCAGGUUCCAUAUUACUCGCUCUAGCAGACAGAUUUUCCAGAAAGAAAGGAGUUUAGCAAAAUUAAAUCUAACACAUAUAACCAGGAGAAGAUGGGAUAGCGAAUGUUAUCUCUUUACAAUGAGAUCUCUCUAUUUCUUCAGUAGGAGGGGUAAUCUUUGGAAAUAUCAAAAAUCCGUAUAGUCAAUGGAUAUGCAUCGGAAUCAAAGACUUGGGAGCACACGUCCGCUGUCUUUAAAUCUAUAACUGCCAAAAUUCUUUACUGCACAAUUGUAUUCAUAUCAAAAGUUCCCAUAUUAUCUGCUAUGUACAAUUAUAACGCAGGCGCACUUUGCACUGUACUUUUGUUGCCGGCAAUGUAAUACGAGACGAUUAUGUCAUCACAAAUAUAAAAUGGCUAAAUCUCGA